AUGGAAAAUAGUAUACCAUACAACUUAUCUAUAAAAAAAGGAAAUAUAUUUUCAUUGGAAGAAAAUUAUAAUUUAAACUUGAAUUCAUUGAAAAAUAAUGACACAUAUCAAGUUAAAUUAAGACACAAAUAUGUGCAUGGAUACCAUUCGAAAAAAAACAAUAUCCUUAAAUUUGUAGAGAACAAAUUUAUGUACCCAAUAAAAAAUUUAAUAGUCAUAUAUGAUUUAAUAAACAGGGACCAGUUAAUUUUUUCUCAUCACACUAACCAGGUAUUUUUGAUCAGAUGUAAAGAAGAAGUCAGAACUGUUCUUAGUGCUGAGGAAGAGAAGAAAAAAAUAAAAAUAUUUAUAUGGAACAAAUUAAAUUUAGAAAUAUUAAGUGAGAUAAAAAUAAAAAAGAAAAAUUUCAUCGACAUAGAUUAUUUAAAUGAUAAGAAUAUUAUAUUACUUUGUAAGAACAAUGACAAAUUAAUCCUUUGUAGAAUUUCUUUAAUAUAUAAAAAUAAAGAAAUAAGAUUGAAUAAAAAAUGUGUCAGUAUUAUAAAAUCCUUAAAUGAUUUUUAUAUACAUGUAAAGACAGAAAAAAGAAAAGGAAAAGAUCAAAAUGAUGAAUAUUUUAAAAAAUCUAACAUAGGGUUAUCUAUAGAAAAAAAUGAUCUUUCUAGAGAAAAAGGAUCUAUAUAUUGUAUAAAAAAUAUUAAAAAUAUAAAUAAUAGAUAUGUUAAACAAAAUAAAAUAUACUCAACUUUAAAUCAAAUGAUGAAAAAAAAAAUAAAAAGAAGAAGAAAAGAAAAAUUAUUAAAAAAUGUGACAUCAUUAAAAAAAGGGACAUCAUUAAAAAAUGGGACAUCAUUAAAAAAUGGGACAUCAUUAAAAAAUGGGACAUCAUUAAAAAAUAUGACAUCAUUAAAAAAUAUAACAUUAGGUAAUAAUAAUUUUUAUUAUUGUAAAAAAAAUGAAGAAAGAUUCUUAUUAAUAGACACAUUAAAAAAAAAGAAAUUAUUCAAGAAAUCAAUUUUGAAAAAAAUAAAAAAUCAAAAGUGUCUUAUAAAUAUGAUACGUAUAAAAAGUAAGGAAUAUCAUCAUUUUAAUUUCUCUUCUUAUUAUAUAAAAUUUAGAAAACCCUUUUUGAAUAAGAAUAAAUAUUAUAAUAAAUAUGCAUAUAAAAAUAUAAAAAUAGUAGUUGACAUAAAUGAAAAUAUAUUGAUAUAUAAUGAACACUAUAUAUUUGUAUAUAUAAUAAAAAAUUACAACAUUUAUGAGAGAUUAAAAUAUAAAAAUUUUAAAUGUCCUUUUUUUUCAUCUGGUCAUAUGUUUUAUUUAAGAAAAGACAAUUUUUAUUUUUUUUCCACAUUUUGUUUUGAAUUAUUUAUAAAUAGUUUGAUGUAUAAUCGUUGUAGGUGUUUGAAGAAAUAUAAGGAUAUAUGUACGAUCAAAAAGAAUGAACAACACAAAAUAGGUAAGAAUUAUUUUAUAAAUGAUGAGGAAGAUCAUAUGAGAAAAACAAAAAUUUUGACAGAUUCAAAUGAAUAUAACAAAGAUUAUUUCAAUAUAUUCAACAGUACCUUUAAAUAUGAAAACUACAUAGAAGUUGAAUAUAUAAACAUGUCUUCACAUAAUAAUAACAAAAAAUAUGAUAAUAAUAAUUACGAUUUUUAUUAUAACAAUGAACAUUCUUAUCAAUGUCAUCCUUUUUUUAACGUUCAAAUAAAUGUUGUAGAAAUAUUCAAUUUUGUGUGCACCGAACAAUCUGAUGAUAUAAACAUUAUUUUUAAAAUUAAAGAUGAAUAUGGAAAGAAAAGACGUGAUAUUAUAAAUAGGACAUAUAUUAAACAAAAAAAAAAAAAAAAAAAACUUAUCAUAAAAAAAUAUCUUGUUAUAGGAACAAAAAACGGAAUGAUUAUAAUUAACGAUUUUUUAAAACCUCAUAAAAUAAUACAUUUAGAAAAAAUAUGUAAUGAACCCAUCGUAUCAAUUUUUAUCUUUGAAAAUGAUAUGUUAAUAUUAAAUCGUUCUGGUAUUAUAUUUUUUAUGAACGUUCAUAAUUUUGUUAUAUACACACAUAGUGAUAUAUUCUUUUCGAGGGAAGAUAAAACAAAAAACUUAUCAUAUGAAGAAUGUAAUAAUAAUAUAGAAAAGAAUAUUAUGUUUAGUUCUGAAGAGACAAACAAAUGUAUCAAUGAUAAAAAAAAAAAAUUGGAUGCUAAAAAAAUGAAUGAUAAAAAAACAUUUGGGGAUCAUAACAACAUAAGAUGUAAUACUUUUAGUGGUGAACGAUGUGUAAACCAUAAAUUCAAUAUGCAUUAUUGUUAUAAAGAACCAUAUAUAGCAGUCAAAUUGAGAGACAUAAAUUCUUUUUGUCACUUGAAUAUGUAUACAAUAUUGAUAGGAACAACCUAUAAUGAAAUAAUAAUAUAUAAUUUAUUAUGUAAGCAGUUAUGUUAUAUAUAUCAGAAGAAUAAUAAAAAAAUUAGUUCAUAUAAUAUACAUAAUAAUAAUAUUAUUUAUAGUAUAGAAAAUUGUUUAUACAAAAUGAACUUACAGAAUUAUGAUACAAAAAUAUUAUUAUGCUUACCUGAAAUUUAUAUUAGUUCAUUUGUUUUUUAUUCAGAUGAUCUUCUAAUAUGUGGCUCUUUUAAAGGGAACUUAUAUUUUAUAGAUAUAUGUAAUAAUAAUAACAUAAAAAUAAUAAAUAGAAUUAGAAAAGAACAUUUCGUAGAAAAAAAAGGAAUGAGGAUACAUAAAAAGAAGGAAGUUCUUUUUGUUUUUAAGAAAAAGAUUGUAAAUAAUAAAUAUAUAAUAAAUAAUGACAAAUGUAACAAUAAUAUAAAAAUAUAUAAUGAUCAUGAUAUGAAAAAGAAUAAUAAAAUAAUAAGUAUUCAUUUAAAUAAACAGAAAACUAUAUUAAUAUGUUCCUUUUCAUAUUGUAUAUACAUAUAUAAAUUAAAUAUAUCAGGGAAUCAAAAAAUCGAUUUAAGAUGUAUUUCUUAUUUUUCUAUAAAAAAUAUUAUUCAUAUUCAUGUUAUAAAAAAUAUGGAUAAUUUAUUUUAUAUUACUACAAGGGAUGAUCAAAAUAUAGGUUCCUAUAAUUAUUAUUUAUGUUCAAUGAACCCAUGUAAAAUAAAAACAAACAAAAUGAUUCCUCUAUAUUUUAAUAUAUUAUUUGAAAACACUUGGUUUUAUGAAUUCUAUUACUACAAUCAUAAAGAUGACAACCAUUUUUUGUUUGUCCAAAAUAAUUGGCAUGAUGAAAAAGGGAGCAAAUGUUUAAUACUUUUAUAUGAUUCUAUUUUUAUAAUAUAUACAUAUUGUAUAAAUAAAAGUAGACAAAAUAUAGAGGAUAUCAAUUAUAAGGAGCAUAAUUUUAUUAACGUCGUCAAUAAUUCGAAUGUUUUUAGGAGAAAUGAUUCCAUGGGUAGUGCUCAAGAAAUUAUAAAAAAUGAUGAAAUUAAUAAAACAUAUAAAAAUAAUAAAAA